AUGGACACCAGGACCCCCAAGGCUGCCAGCAGCAAGACUUCGUCGCUGAGGACUGCGCGACACAGUUACGUCCAGCCUUCACCAGAUGCACUUGCUGUCGAAGGCUCAGCAUCAGCAUGGCAUGGGCCGCUGAUCAGCCGCGAUGGACCUUCCAAGGACAAGAGAUAUCCUACAGAGUAUGGCUCCCGAUCAGAGCACGCAUCACAGUUCGCAUCCCCAUCGCCACCUGCGCAAACAGCACCGUCACGCUGCCUGGAUUUCCCUGAAGAGCUUGCACAGAUGAUCAUCACGAUGCAAGCUGGCCAGUACAAUGAACAGCUGGCAGAGGCAUAUCGCGAGGCUUCUGAUAUUCCGCCCGUCACCAAGCAGUCACUCAGCGAGCUCGACAUUCACCACAUCAUCACCAACAGUAGGUUGAGGCAUGACAUCAAUUUCGAUCGCAACCUAAGUUUCAGGCCUAACCUUGACGGCCCGAAAGGCCAUCAAAAGCGGCAAGCGACUGGUCAAUACUGGAAGGCCUUAGAAGCUGAACUGGAACUCUAUGUGCGGCUGUUUCAGGGCACGCCACCUCCACGAUUCCAGGACAGCAGUCGAUGGGCAGGAUUAAUCCAGAAUGCCCAACGGCGCAUCCCCGUCAUGUUCCGCACGAUUCAGGAGGUGUUGAAGAGCUUGGUACCAGACAGGGAUCAUGCGAGAGUGGACGAGCACUUGGAUGUCCCAAUGUUGAUGCAAGAGAUCGAGCGCGGUGUAUGCGACCUCGUGAGAUUAGCAGAGUGGAUGGCUCAACUACUGAAAGAGCACUGUGCGCCCAUGCGGGAUAGUCAGGUUGAUGGUAUGGUCAACACCAUUCGGUCCGGUGUCACGGAGCGAAGCUCCGCACAAAUCGUAGAGGGGCUGCGUGACUUGUUCGGAAUAUUAGAAACUAUGAAACUCGACGUCGCCAAUCACCAAAUCCGGAACCUGAAAACCCUUCUGGUCGAGGAUACUGUCAAUUUCGAGAAGCACCACCACUUGGACCGACUUGUCAGCCAUCGGUCGCGUGUGAACAUUCACGCUGCUCAGGCAUGGUACCUUCGUGCGGCAUGGGAAUUCGCAGAGACCCAUCCGACUCAACCGAGAAACAUCCAACAAGCUCAGCUCGAAAUCUUCGUCCGCGCUGUGGUCGCACAGUUCUUCAACAGGAGCACACAUUCCGAAUUCCCAGAGACGUUCUAUCUCGACCAAGAUCGCCUACGAUCACUCAAAGCCGAAAUUGAAGAUUUGGUCUGCAUGGAGGUUUGCAUGGAUGCAUUCGCCGCUUUUCUCAAGCAGUUCAGCUACGAUAGCUACAUAUCACCACAGAUCCGGUUACAGCUCCACAGCUCUCUGCUAGCUAUCAUGGGCAGUUCCAUGGGCUACGGGUCCCACCAGUGGGUCAUGAACUGCGAAGCCCUAUCUUUGGAGAUUCUGCGACAAGCAUCUAUUGUUGCCGGCCAACCCCAGACUUUCUCUCACGACGCUCUAUCGCAUGCAAACGAGCACCUUCUCCAUAUGUUCUACGACUCUUUCAACACGCACAACUCACGCAUGGAAGCUACUCUGCUUAACCGGGUCAUCACAUGCACCGAGCGAAACACAAAAACAAUGGCCAUUGAUCUCUUUAACAACCUUGUUCCUAUCACUAGCUCCUCACCGCAACCGAAGCCUACACCUUUUUCACACCUCACGUCAUCCGCCGUCCAUACGCUGAACCCCGAAACGGCUCGGUGGCAAGACAUUGCCAAUCGCGUCACACACAUCAUUAUCCUCCAUUGGCGGGUUUGGGAUCGCAUCGCAUACGUUCAAGAAGAUGGCUCCGAGCGAUCAACAUCUCCGGCAGGCCACGAGUCUACCUCAUCAUCGCAACACCCUGUCCAAUCGUCGCAAAACUCGAUGCAAGCAUCCGAGCAUGAGUCGCAGCUAGUAACGGCCAUGAAGACAGGCGACUCAAUAGAGUCCGGACAAGAAGCACUUGUCCCACACCACACAUCCUCGCAAUGA